CCUUCCUUCACAGUCCCGCACGUCCACUAUCGCCCUCUCCACCGCCAAAAUGCCCAUCUCCAAGAAAGCCAGAGUCCAGCGCGAGCACAAGGCCGCCGAGAAGGCGGGCACGCGUGCGCCCGUCAAGGCGAACGGAUUGCCUGUCAAGGCGCCCAAGCCGACGGCUAUUUGCCAGAACUGCCGCAAGGAGAUGGUGACGACCAACAAGCCGCAGAUGGAGGCCCACGCCCUGACGCACGACCAAAAGACCUGGACCAAGGAGAAGUGCUUCCCGGGCGAGUUCUAAGCGCUCCGAGUCAAUUAUCCUGGGGGCCCGGGCGGUGUGUGCGCGGUCUUCUUGCUUUGUCGUUUCUGCUCGAUAUCACUGCGUUUUAGACUCAUGGCAAUUUCAUCUCGGAUUCUUCUGCGUUGCUUUGAGAUUGUUUGCGCGAUUGUGCCUUGAGGUUUGUUCGUGCGAGCUGAGGAGGUGGCUGCUAACUGGACUCGUUUCUGGCGAUGCGGAGUGCAGGGGAAAGCGCGAGGUGAGGCCUUGCAGAUGUGCGUGUCUGGUACUCGAGAGUGAAUGGCCUCGGUACAGCGUCUCGGCGUCACUUGGAAUGUCGAGCGGGGAUUCAGCGUCCUUCUCGGGGGA